AUGAACAUAGAGUUCGAGCAGAACGUUAUCAUCCCACCCGCUACUAUAGGCGGCACAAUCACUGUUAUGCGAAGGUGUGACAUUCCAGCGGUUCGUCUGGCUUGUACAGACAAAAAAGGUAGCGACCGUAUCGCAAUAGGCCAAAUCGACCAAAAGAUCUAUGACGAAAUCGUGAACUUGCCAGUCCAAGAGACAGUUCUCGGACCUCGCCCGGCAGCGUAA